AUGGCCGCGGCGCAGGAGUCACAGCAUCCCGUGGCCGUCCCAGCUGGAGAUGCGACGGCGGCGGCUGCAGCUGCGACUCCGGGAACGACAAAGCUACAUGGAAGGGCAUUCUACGAAAGCAUCGGUAGCCCCAAGUAUAUCGUUGCCCCCAUGGUGAACCAGUCCGAGUUUGCCUGGCGCAUGCUCUCCCGCUCAUUCCUCUCGGCCGAUGAAAAAUCCAAAAUGCUCGCCUACACGCCCAUGUUCCACGCGCGCCUCUUCUCGCAGGACCCCAAGUACCUCAAGGCGCACUUCCAGGCUACCCGCCCUGGCGCCGCCUCGACAGACGAAAGCCGAUGGCUCGACGGCCACCCGACGCACGACCGGCCGCUCUUUGUGCAGUUUUGCGCCAACGAUCCGGCACACUUGCUGGCGGCAGCGCGGCAGGUCGCGCCGUACUGCGACGCGGUCGACCUGAAUCUGGGUUGCCCGCAGGGCAUCGCGCGCAAGGGCCACUACGGCGCGUUCCUGCAAGAGGACCAGGACCUCGUGUUCCGCCUCAUCCGUACGCUGCACACGGAGCUGUCUGUGCCCGUCUCCGCCAAGAUCCGCGUCCUCGAGACUAAGGAGCAGACGCUGGCGUACGCGCAGACGGUGCUCAAGGCCGGCGCCUCGAUCCUGACGGUACACGGGCGGCGAAGGGAGCAAAAGGGCCACCUGACGGGCGUGGCGGACUGGCAGAUGCUCAGGUUUCUGCGCGACAGCUUGCCGCCCGAGACGGUGCUCUUUGCCAACGGCAACGUCUUGCAGCACGGCGACGUAGAUGCGUGCCUCGCGGCCACGGGCUUUGACGGCGUCAUGAGCGCCGAGGGCAACCUCAGCGACCCGGCCGUCUUUGCGAAGCCACCACCGGUAGGCGAGGAGGGUCGCGAGUACUGGCGCGGCAACGACGGCAAGGGAGGCUGGCGCGUCGACGCCGUCAUGCGUCGCUACAUGGACAUUAUACACAAGUAUGCGCUCGACGCGGAGCCGCCGACGCGGCGCCCACUAUUCGUGCCUGGCGACGACACGGCGUGGCUCACGGCGGACGAUGCGGAGGUCACCGACGAGCGCGGGUCGAAGCGCCGCAAGACGGAGAGCGAGACCGACGGCAAACCGGUGGCUAGGAAGCAGGAGGCGCCGUCGCCCAACAUUGCGGCCAUGCAACCACACCUGUUUCACCUCUUACGGCACUUUGUGAGCCGCCACACGGACGUGCGUGACAUGCUGGCGCGCGCGCGCCGGACGGGUGUGGCGGGCUUCGAGGCGGUGCUCGACGCCGUGGAGCGGCGCGUGGCCGAGGGCCUGCUCGAGUACGCGCGGACCGACGGCGGAAGCUUCGCGGACGAGCUGCGGGCGCUGCGGGACAGCCCGCGCGAGACGGCGGACGGCGGCGAGAGCUCGAUGGAGGCGCUGGUGCGGUGCAAGAGGCCGUGGUGGGUGGCGCAGCCGAUUGUGCGGCCGCUGCCGAGCGAGGCGCUGGCCAAGGGCUCCAUUCAGCUGAGCAAGAAGGACCGCAAGGGCAAGACGAGGGGCGAAGAAGAGAAGAAGGGGGAGGAGGAGGGGACGGCGGAUGAGGUGAAGGAAGCUGUGGCGGCGUAG